AUGACAUGUACCCGGCAGAGACAGCUAGGCAGGUGUGAGGUCACUGACCUCUCGCAAGAUGCGUCACAACGACGCGACGUAGAACUGACGAACGCCCACGGUCACGGCGAGCAAUACCGGACGGCGGUGCAAAAGGGACCACACGCGUGCAAAGAAGUAAAGAACACGACACGGUUUUACGGGCGGCACAAAAGGCAAGCACCCAAACGGACUCAACCACGAGGUUUUGUGGUCAGAGCACACGAACAAAAAAAAAAACGGGCUUGA